AUGCGCAUGCGCCGUACUGCGAGAUGGUAUUUAAAUAUAGGGAUAUUCCAGCUCAGUACAGCGGACUAUCAACGCCUUGUUUAAACACAACCCUGUCUGUCUUAUAAGGAUGAUUUCUUGGGCAUUUGCAGUUUGGACAGUUUUCGCCGGAGUUGCCGCUCUGUUGUUUUACCAGAGGCUGUUUUACCCUUAUUUUUGGGAGGACUUGAUGUAUUGCUUAAAGGUCCGAAAGGUCGGGAAGACGACGAUGGCGAAGAUGAAACGCGGGGUUCUCACCUAUCUCGACCGCUUCGUUGACCAGGCAAAACAGAGUCCUGAGAAGCCGUUCAUCAUUUUCGAGCAGGAGGUUUUGACCUACAUGGAUGUGCAUCUAAGGAGCAACAAGUUUGCGAAUGUUUUCCGGAGCGAGGCUGGUGUGAAACACGGUGACACUGUCGCGCUUUGGAUGAGCAACGAGCCCGACUUCCUGUGCGCCUGGUUCGGGCUGAGUAAACUGGGCUGCGAGGUGGCCUUCCUCAACUCCAACAUCAAAUCCAGAUCUCUUCAGCACUGUCUGCAAAGCUGUGGUGCCAAAUUUCUCAUCGUUGGAUCUGAUUUUAUACAGUUUUUAGAUGAUGUCCUGCCAGCGCUAUCGGAUAAUAGCAUUAAUGUGUGGGUAACUGAAAAGAGCUGCUCACGUCAGAGCGUCAGCACAUUGCUGGACAAAGUAGAGCUGGCCUCAGAGGAAAAGCCACAAGUCGACUUUCCCCUGCCAAAUCUCACGUCCAACUUCCUGUUCAUCUUCACCUCAGGCACCACAGGACUUCCAAAAGCUGCUCGGGUCAGUCACAUCAAGGCUGUGAUGAGCAUGGCCUUCUUCCGCAUGUGUGGGGCCAAUAAAAACGAUACCAUCUAUCUCACCUUGCCUCUCUACCAUAUGGCCGCCUCUCUGCUGGGUAUUGGCGGAUGCAUUGAUCUAGGAGCUACAUGUGUUCUAAAGAAGAAAUUUUCCGCCAGCCAGUUCUGGAAGGACUGCAUCAAGUACGAGGUUACUGUGUUCCAGUAUAUUGGAGAGCUCUGUCGAUACUUGAUCAAUCAACCCGAGACUCCAGAGGAGAUGGCCCAUAAAGUGCGCAUUGCUGCAGGGAGCGGCCUUAGAGCAGACGUCUGGAAGGAGUUUUCUAGACGCUUUGGGAAAAUCCAGAUUUGCGAGGCGUACGGUUUGACUGAGGCCAGUAUUGGCUUCGUUAACUACACCACUGAAAUUGGACCUAUUGGGCGAGCCAGUUAUUUCAACAAGCGCAGUCUACCAUUCGAAUUUUUGAAAUGUGACCCAGAAACAUAUGAACCUAUCCGAACAGAUAAAGGGCGCUGUUUAAAAGUGAAUAAAGGUGAAGUUGGUUUGCUGGUUGCCCCGCUGUCUUUCACCAACCCUUUUCUUGGCUAUGCUGGGAACAAAGCCAUGUCUGAAAAGAAGCUGCUGAGAGAUGUGUUUAAGGAGGGGGAUGUAUAUUUCAACACGGGGGAUUUGAUGCUUCAGGAUCACAGGGACUUUGUCUACUUCAAAGACAGGAUAGGAGACACAUUCAGAUGGAAAGGAGAGAACGUGGCCACCACUGAGGUUUCUGAAGUUUUAGGCUGUUUGGAGUUCCUGCAGGAUGUAAACGUUUACGGUGUCACUGUGCCAGGCUACGAGGGAAAAGCAGGGAUGGCAGCUGUGGUCUUAAAGGAAGGCCGUGAAUUGGAUGGAGAAAGCCUUUACAAUCAUUUGGUACAGAACCUUCCAACGUAUGCCUGGCCAUGGUUUUUAAGAGUCCAGACUUUCUUGGACGUGACGGAGACCUUUAAGCAGCAAAAGAAAAAGCUAGUGGAGGAUGGCUUCUGUCCUCAGGCUGUUCAAGCGCCACUCUACUUCCUGGAUAGCUCUAAGAAAACCUACAUCCCCCUCUCUCAGAGUGUGUACGAUGAUGUUGUCUCGGGCAAGAUACGACUCUGAGCCUGUCAUUUAUGGACACGUGAAGGAAUGUGCAUCGGAGUUUGGAUUAAUCUACAACGCAGCACAUUGAUUACUGUUUUAUUAUUUUUGCAGGGAAUACCGUCCAGGGUUUACAUUUGAGAGCUAAUGUAUUUUCAAAAAAAAUUAUAUUUUAAUUUGGACCUUGGAGGAAAACACUGGAAAUUUUUCAAAAGCAUUGUCACUUUUCACAGUGUUUUAAAGUGCCUUUUCCUUAUGUGGUAAGUGUUGGAGAACGUUGUGAAUUAUAUUGAGAAUAUUCCAUGUGGAAUCCCAUGGGAAGUAAUUUCUGCACCAUGUCUGGAUUUAGGAGUCCACAUUUCACCUAAUGAAAUUUAAAAAAUAAUAAUAAUUUAACAUUCAAUGAUCCUAUUGAAAUAGCAUAAAAUGCAUUUUUAAUGUUUAAGUCAGGAAUUAACCUUUUUUUUUUUUUUUUUUUUUUCGUAUUUAACAAUACUGCCUAGCAAAUUAUAUUUUAAAUAGCUAAUUAUAAAUUCAUGCUAUGCUGGAUUUUCUAACUCACUUUAUUACUAUAAGAUAUAUAGUACACCUUGUUAUAUUACUUAUGUAAAUUUAGUAAGAUUGAUGAUGUUAUAUGUUUUUUAUUUGGGACUUUGUUUCUACAAAUUUUAAUAGUUCUGGUGUUUUCUAUAAUUGUAGUAGUAGAACCAAACUCAUUUUAAUACCCGAUCAGUCCAUCUAUCCAUCCAUUUUCUAUACCGCUUAUCCUAAAGGGUCACGGGGAACCUGGAGCCUAUCCCAGGGUGCAUCGGACACAAGGAGGGCUAUACCCUGGAUGGGGUGCCAAUCCAUCGCAGGGCACAAUCAUACACAUUCACACACCCAUUCAUACACUACAGACACUUUGGACAUGCCAAUCAACCUACCGUUCAUGUCUUUGGACUGGGGAAGGAAAUUGGAUUAUUAUGUAUAAAUGCUGAUUUAGUCUAUUACACUAAGUGCAUUUUAUUAACACAUGUAAAGCCAAAUUUAGUACAGGCAGAGUUUAAAACAUGGGCAAACUGGCCUAAUGUAGGUAGGGAUUAAGCACAAGACAAAACAUCUUGGAAGAAAAAUCAAACACUAAACAGACAAUACUGAUACUGACUCAGUAAUGCUCAGUGGGACACUGGCAAGACUUUGCAAGGACAGAGUGCUUGUGAUUGUGUAUAUACAAUGAGACAUGGCUAAUGUGACUUAGUAGCCAGGUGACUGAGAGCAGAGUAAAAUCUGGACUGGAUCACUUGAGGAUCUGCAUGUGACAGUGAAAAAAUUCUAAUGACAUAAAACUGCAAGAAUGCCACCUUUUGAUUCAGUUAGCCCCAGAAUUAUUUUAUCAAGAUAAGUUCAAAAAGUUAUGAAAAAUGUCAUAAAUAGCUUAAAUGUGCACAAAUAAAAAUCACAUUUUUACAGUUA